AUGAGCGCGGUGCCGGGAAUGACAGUUAAGGCCGGUAGGAACCAGUUCCGUGCGCGCACUGUCAAGGGAGGCAACAAUGGUGUUGCGCUGCGACAGUAUGCCGAAGCGACCCUGGGAGGAGGAAGUCUGAGGAAGGUCGUGAAGCUGCCGGAGGGCGAGGACGAGAACGAGUGGUUGGCGGUAAACAUGGUCGACUUUUACAACCAGAUCAAUCUCCUCUACGGCGCCAUCACCGAGUUUUGCUCACCCAAGUCGUGCCCCGAGAUGAAGGCAACGGACGAAUUCGAGUAUCUGUGGCAGGAUAGUGACCAGUAUAAGAAACCAACCCACAUGUCAGCCCCGGACUACAUUGAGCACCUCAUGACCUGGGUGCAAAGCACCAUCGACAACGAGACGAUGAUGCCGAGCAGGAUUGGCGUUCCCUUCCCCAAGAACUUCCCGUCGCACGUUCGACAAAUCUUCAAGCGCAUGUACCGAGUCUACGCCCACGUCUACUGCCACCACUACAGCAUCAUCAGAGAGCUCGGUCUUGAGCCCCAUCUCAACACGAGCUUCAAGCAGUACGUGCUGUUUGUCGACGAGCACAAGCUCGCGAGCGGCAAGGAUUUUUACGGGCCUUUGAACGACCUUGCCGAAAAGAUGAUUGAGAGCGAUUGA